AUGGCGUCGGACGCUGCGACCGAUUCGCCCGUCUCCAUCGGCUCGCCAAGUCCCAGCGAGCCUGGCCGCAAGCGACAGAGAACGAGUGAUGACAGUACAAGUGGCUUCGAUCAUGUCACGCGUUCAGCGGCGACCUGCGCCAUGCCAUUUCCACGCAACGCUUCAGUCAGCACCAAGACAAGCCAAUCUGCAGCCGGCAUCCCGACGUCGCCCAGCAACCAAGACGCUUUGGACACUAGCAAAACGUCCGUCGUCGCCUGUGUCGAUGCAAGGGGGACAAGCGUGACAUCUGGCUUUACUGACGCCAAGUCCGUCGUCACUCCUUCCAAGCUCAAGAAAGCUGGAGUGUCUGGAAUGCACAACAAGAAGUCGUCUGGUGUUGCCGUGACAAACCGAAGCAUGAAGGUGCCAAGUGCUGGCGCAACGUAUCGCAAGACUACGACAGCGUCAUCGAUAGCCGCUCCGAAACGGUACCGCGCCAAGUCGCUUCGGGGAGAUCCGUCUUCACAUGGUCGCUAA